UUAAGGUGUACAUGAACUUUAAGGAGGGUCUAUUGAACAGGCGUCACCAAUAAGCAAUUUUUCAACAUGUUUUCUAAUUGUGAUCACUUAUCUUAUUGUCCUCGUCUGGUUGAUUACUUGGUGUUCGUGGGCCGAGAAGGACAUUCCUAUUCUGAAGAGGUUUACAAUCAGAUACCAAGCAUUUUGAAAUGUUAUCCAUUGUUAAAACAUAAAGACUUUGUUUUGCCUAAUGACGUCGUGUACUUCUGCCAGCCUGAAGGAUGCUUGUCGUCAACCUUGAGUUCAACAAAUAUGGGAACUACAACAUUUGUGUUUACUUUGACGGAUAAAGACUCACAGAAAACUCGUUUCGGGAUAUGCUUAAACUUCUAUCGACAAUGCAAUAUAAUUGAAUCAGUAUGUUCAAAUGAAGAUUUCAAAAGUAAGUGGGAUUCAAAUUCAGCCCUUCGUAAUGCACAUGAAGAUCAAAUACUGGUGAAUGAUAAUAAGCAAUCAAUAUUAACUUCUUUGUGUCUGAUCAGUCACCAUCCUUUCUUCUCAAAAUUUCGUCAGUGUUUGCACUGCCUGAAAGAAAUUGUCGACAGAUGUGAUGAAUAUUUCAAAAAAUUAUACUCUCUCAGAAGUCAGUCUUAUUCCUUCUGGUCAACUAUACUGAGUAAUCAGUUAGCUCAACAAAGAAAUGUUGAUCAGUUAUUAGCUAAAGUUGUCUAUGAAAUAGAAUCUUGGAUUAUUAAUCUUUUAAAUGCACCCGUACCUAUUCCAGGGAAAACGUGCCUACGUCUCACUGUUGGACCAGAAUCAUUUUAUGAAAAAUUGGUAUUUGCUUUACCAGAUAAAACACGUUUAACUUUGAUUGAUUUCCCGUUGCAUUUACCAUUGGAGCUGUUAGGUAUGGAGACAUGUUUGAAAGUGUUAACUGCUAUUAUGUUAGAACAAAAGGUUGUACUACAAUCUAGAGAUUAUAAUGCUUUAACAAUGUCAGUGAUGGCACUUACAGCUAUGCUCUAUCCACUUCAGUAUAUGUUCCCUGCUAUACCUUUGUUGCCGAAUAGUUUAAAAGGAGGGGAAAAUUUAUUACUUUCUCCAACACCAUUUCUAAUUGGUAUCCCAGCUACAUUUUUAAGUCAAAAGACAGAUUUUCGUUUCCCUGCCGAUGUGUGGUUAGUUGAUUUGGAUGCGAAUAAAAUGAUGGGUAGUUCACUUCUAGAACCGAUUCCAUUACUUCCGGAGAAAGAAAGCCAAAUAUUAUGUGAAAAUUUGGAUCAAGCUUUAUCAAGUAUGACUGCAAAUUUAACACCUAAUGAAUCUACGGAAAUUAAUGUAAAAAAUUCUGCCAAUCAAUUAAGGAAUGCGGAUUCAGCUGAUGUUGCCACUCGAGUUGCAAUGGUGCGAUUUUUCAAUUCCCUAAACGUACUAGGCAAUAUUACUGAGCAUACUAGAACUAUUCGUUUAUUCCCUAGGCCAGUGGUCGCAUUUCAAAAAUUCUCAUUCUUAAAAUCACGUCAGACACUUACACCAUUUACUAGGAAAUUAGCUGAAACACAAGCAGUUGAAUUCUUCGCUGAAUGGUGCUUAUAUCCUGAAAAUGAAGUAUUUCAACGAAUUCACGCUGGAGUACAUGAUCCUGAACAAAUUGGUGAUAAAGGAAUAUGGUAUCAAGAUAAUUUAGCACAAAUUAACCUUCAAAUUUGGUCUUCAGAGCAGACGGAUCGAUAUUCGGCUCUAAAUUUUAUUCAUUCAGUUAAUUUAAAUAGUGAUGAUAUAAAAAACUUUGAAAUGGUACAUGAGAACUUUACUAAAUUUAAUACUGCCACUAAUAAUAAUAAUAUCAUGUAUGACUUGAUGAGUCUAUAUAAUCCACCUCAGAAUAUGGAUGAUUUAUUAAAAAAUGCCAUACAACCACAACAGUAUCUGCGUAAAAAUAAGCCUAAACGACGACCUAACCAACAACAAUUGCAACCGAUGGAUUCAUUCGAUCUUGCUAAUGCUCAAGUACAAAAGACUAAUUCUAUUGAAAAUAAUGAAAUUGCGUUGAAUAAAAAAUCUUUACCUGGUCGACUAUUGACUAUACCAUCAAUGGCUGAAUCUACCAGUGAUUCAUCUGAUGAUCAAGAUGAUUCAGAUAUUUGGGAUUUAAAAAAGUCUGUUAAUCAGUCUAUUAUUAAAGAGAAUCCGAAUGAGGUUACGCACGAGGAUGAUAUGAUAAGGGAUAAAACGAAUAAUGUAAAUCAUGUACAGAACAUUGAAAAUAAACAAAUAUUAACGAAUACUUCCAGUGCUUCUAUUAUACGCAAACCUUCUCUGCGUAAAGUUCCCACUACACAACAAACUAAUUAUACUAAUACUGAAAUGAAUAAAAGAUCAGUUCACUAUAAUGAAGAACAGUUAGUAGAAGUAUUGAAUAAAGAUGUAAUUAGCACUGAAGAUGAAGUUGAUAAAGAUGAGGAUGCGGAUGAAAAUGAAGAAGAAGAAUCAGCCGCAGCAGCAGCAGAAGAAGAAGAAAUGGAGGAUGACGAGGAUGAUAUGGAACAAACAUCUGUAGGAAAAUAUUUAUUAAAUAAUUUAAGUGAUAAUCUAGCCGAUGCUGCUAGUCAUGCUAGUACAACUUUAACAGGUUUACUGAAUAAACCCAAGACCAUUGUACGCAAAUCUGGUAGCUUAAUGAAGAAAAUGGCUACGGAAAUUGCCAGUACUACAAAAAUCACGGAUACUACCGGUAAUAAAUCAAGUUAUAUAAACAAACCAUUAGAUGUUAAUAAUAAUGAACCUAAUGGGGAUCUUAUUCAUUCUGCAUCAAAAUUCGUUUUAAAUUUUCCAAAACAACAAUUUUUCCAAUUCGGUGCCAAUAAAUCAAGACAACAGGAAACAGGGUUGCUUAGUAAAAAUAAAAAUAAAAAGUUAACUUCUGGCAAACGAGUUGAUUCUAAUCUUGUCAAUCCAGAACAAAGUUAUGCAGAUCAAGAGUUUCUUCGUGAAGUAGUCCGGUAUAUACACGAGGGUCAGGCAAAUGUUCAAAUGAAAUUCUCUGUCAAUCGUCUUAAAGAAUUACUAAGUGAUGAAAACUACCGAAACUAUUUACUAUCAAAGUUAAAUCUUGGACUUUCUAAAUCAUUUGAUGAUCCAGAUGAAUGUAUCCCAGAUGUUCCAAUCAUUAAUAUGAAUGGAUACAAAUCACAUAUUUGGCUAUUACAAUGUGUAAUACAUGGUCUGGAACAAACAUGUACAAAUCAUGGGAUAGGUGGUUUAGCUAGUGCCAUGAUGUUAUUGGAAUUAUGUCAUACACAUUAUUUGAAUAUGAGUACUGCAGUUUUGCCUAGUAAACUUCAUGGAUCCCAAGUAAGUUGAACUUCUUCUUUAAAAUGAUUCACUCAACAUGUGUUAGUUGAGAUAUGUAUAUCGAAUUGUAAUGUGGCCUGUGGCCUAAGUGACUUUAUUUCGUAUGCAAAAUGCAUUGAUAUAGGUUGGUCAUGAUUGGUUUGAAAGAAAUCCUGGACCUAAGUUUCGUGGUAGUUGGCGCUCGAUUGACAGCAUCUGAUUAGUAUUUUAAGGUUACACAAAUAUUAUAUAUUGAGAGAUCAUUCAAUUGUAAGUCUUUUUAUGGAUAACUUUUGAAGAUAAAAAUAGUCCCAUAAAUGACACUUCACUAAAUUCACAAAAUAUAUGAAUAUAUAUAUUUAUUUAUUAAAUUAAAGUCGAAAUGUGGUAAAUGAUUUGGAAAAGUUUGAGGAGAUUGAUUAGCUCACGGUCGCUUGCCAUCUGAAAUUGCCUUUACAUGAAGAACUAUGGAAAAUAAAAACUGUGGGGAUGGCAUCGUACGGUUUUGUUCUGGUUUGGAACUCAUUCACUGAUCAUCAUGAGAGUUCUUCUCAAACCUUCUGUGUCAGUUAUAGUGUGGUAUGUGCUGCUUGUGUCGACAUAAGUAGUAUAUAACACCAGUUAUGAAUGAAAUACAUGGCAGAAGAAGGUUGGUGAGAUCGAAUCGAAGAGAUCAGGAUCAGAGAGUAAUUGUUAUGGAUAUGAAGGAACAAUGAAUUUUGAGACAAUUGAUGGACAUCUUUUAAAUGAAGUAAUAAACGUAUGGUUUUACAUUUUACCAAAGAACACAUGGGCCGUCCCCAUAUGUAUUCUCGUUCAUAAAAAUAGUAAUGAUGACAGUUUUGUGUGCGCUUGUUACUGGUUUCGAGAAUUGCAGAAGUUUUAAUAAGAAGCCGUGGCCAGUAAAAUUCAGUUUAUUCGGGAGUGAGGAAAAUAUCAUCAGCGUCUUUAAAUAGUCAUUAGGCUAUACUGAAAGUGAAGUAUUUGAAGUAAAGAAUGUGUUUUCUAGGUUGAAUCGUUGUAUCGGCUCUUAAGCGAGCAUUGUUAAGCGAUUCUACGCCCAGAUGACAUAACUAUUCAAGGCUUUCUGGUUUUUAAAAUUACUGAAACUGGUUUAUCAUGUAAACUUUUCUCAUAUAUAAUACAUUAUACUGGAUUACCGGUGUCAUAAAAUGAAGCACUGACUGUGAAAAAAUCUAAACAAUUUUCUUUGAAAUUGUUCAAUAGUAUUUCAAACGACAGCCAGGAAAUAUCACCAUCCCUCUCAUGCAUGAGGUAUUGUUCAGCUGAGUAUUAAAAGUUUUCUUUGUAUUAUAAAUAUUGACUUAUAAUAAUUUUCUCUGUUUCCCUGUCCUUUCAUCAUUUUCAGUAUUCAACAAGUCAAAAUUUACAA